ACAACAUCCCCAGCUCAGUUGAUAAGAAACCUUGAUAAUUUUUAAUAACAAUGGAAAAUGAGACUCUGCUCUCGCGAAAUGCUGUACCAAUCAUAGACUUGGGAAACUUCCCUAAGGAUGUGGCUAAAAACCUGAGGAAGGCUCUUUCAGAGAAGGGUUAUGCUCUGCUUAUUAACCACGGAAUUUCUGAUGAGAAGAUCAAGACAGCUUGGAAGUAUUUCGAUAGAUUUGUGGAGUUACCUGAUAAGGUGAAAUCAUUAUACGAAAGAAGCAAAGCUCCAGAUGCAGAAAAUCAUGGUUAUGUUAGCCCGGGAAUGGAGCGAUUUGAUGGCAGGACACCGGAACUAAGACAUGCUUACAAUAUAUGUAAACUGAAAUCGGAAUUUCUUCCCGAAAAGCCAAUGCCAGGAUUCACCACCCAUAUUAACUCCUUAACGGAUGACUUUAAUGCCUUGGGUAGAUUUAUUCUACAAGCCUUGGCGCUUUCCUUAGAAGCACAUCCAUCAUUCUUUGUUGAUAAGCACUCCUACAUGUUGUCCGAUGAUCGCUUCAAUCUCACCACCCUGCGAAUGCUUUACUAUCCUCCAGUGAAUGAUCAAGAUUAUGGAAAUACAAUUCGAUGUGGAGCCCAUGCUGACUACUGUACUUUUACCUUGCUGGCACAGGAUUCGGAGGGAGGAUUGGAGGUCAAGUUGCGGGGCAGUGAGAAAUGGGAACGAGUGGGGCAUCUGCCAGGAGCACUCUUCAUAAACUGUGGCGAAACUAUGGCUGUAUGGACAAACCAGCUCUAUCACGCAUUGCAACAUCGAGUGGUCGUUCCCAAUCAGGUUGAAAGUCGCCAUCGAGCCAGGCGUUCCAUUGCCUACUUCUGUCAUCCUGAUAGUUCAACACUUAUUGAUCCAAAAGAGUUAAAUAUGACAAAUGCUGAUGCAAAAAACGAAAAGAUAUACAAUGCUUACGAUAUAUGUAUGGCUUUGGCAAAAAAUGCAUAUGAGCAUAAUUAUUAAUAAGAAAAUUUCAAAACGCUUAAUAGAUGAUCAUAUUGUAAAGAACUCAACGCAAAUUAGAGAUAAUUUUCUAAUAAAUACUUGUAAAUUUGUA